AUGAUAAGUCCUUUGUGUGGUGAUCGAGCGCCGAGUAGAAAAGGAAGGAAAAACUGUCGUUGCCGCACAAAAGAACAACAGGCCGCCGGAGUGAACGGUGAAAGUCUACGACCGUGGUCUGUGAUUCGUCUCCGAACGAGACGACAAAGUAGUGGCCGAGUCUCGUUAGCAGUCAGCGCGCUUCAUAGCGCCCAGUCGACGUUCGACGACAGUAGUGCGACAACGCGUUCGGUCAUUCAUCGACUUGCCGUCUGA